UCGGUUGCUCUGUAAGAAAUAAGGUAUAGGAAACUGCCGAAGGCAAUAAAAUAUAUGGUGUAAUAAAAUAUAACAAAAACAUAUUAUAUAGUUGUGAAGACGAUUGCAGUUCUUGGCAACCACUGAGCGAGGAAGUUCAGACGUUUCCUGAGCCAGGCUGGGGCUGAACGAUCUGCUUUUUAAACUGGAGGAGGGCGUGGCAAGGGUCAAUGGCAGGUAAUGCACAGUGAGCACUGCGGGGGGCCAUGUCAGAAGAGGCGAGCUCAGGGAGUGAUGCGGACCUGGACCUCAAUCCGAACCUGGGUGGCGAGGAAGAGGAAGAGGAGGAGAUGGAGGAGGAUGACAAUGAUGGGGACGACGAAGAGGACGUGAAUGACAAAAGUGACCAGCCUCAGACCUCCCCUUGCAGCACGGAGCAGGAUCCGCAGAGCGAUGGCACAGGCUGGCAGAGCACCACGCCAACUACCUCACAGCAGGGCGAGCUGCCCGUGCCCAGCAAAAGCCCGCCCGCCCACAGCGCCAAGAAGAAGAAGAGGGCGGCGCAGAAACCGCCUCACAUGAGGAGGAAUAUCAGAAAGCUCUUGCGGGAGCACCAACUUGAAGCGGUAACUAAAGCUGCCCAGCAAGAGGAGGCGGAGAGGCGGAAACGGCUGGACCAGCAGAGGAAAGACUACCCAGUGCCUGACUGUAUACAAGGGGAAGUAGUUCUGAGGACUGGCGAGGCUUCCCAAAGCACACCCCAUGCCACCAAGCAGGAUGUGAUCUACCUGGACAGCAGCAACAGCAGUGGGAGUGCCAGUGAGGAUGACACCAAGAGAAUAUUGUGCAGCAUUAGGGAUGAUGUGAUCGAGUUGAGCUCGGGGGACGAGGAGACCCUGCAGAUCAGCAGCGAGUCGACCAAUGAGGAGGAGGAGGUGGGGGGUGUGGGAGGCUCGGAGGAGAGCAGUGGGGCACACAUCAACGACGCCCUCAACCGCCGUGACACCCAGGGUCGUGUCCUGGUCAACAUCAACCACCCGUCGGGAGAGAAGGACCUCUACCUAGCCCCGCAGCUGGCACGGGCCGUCAAGCCACAUCAGAUUGGUGGGAUCCGUUUCCUCUAUGAUAACCUGGUGGAGUCUCUGGAGCGCUUUGAAACCAGCAGCGGAUUCGGCUGCAUCCUGGCGCACAGCAUGGGCCUUGGCAAGACCCUGCAGGUCAUCUCCUUCGUGGACAUCCUUCUGCGCCACACCGCCGCUCGGACCGUGCUCGCCAUCGUGCCUGUCAACACGCUGCAGAAUUGGCUAGCUGAAUUCAGCAUGUGGCUGCCAGCGCAAGAGGCCCUUCCUCAGGACUAUAACCCAGAGGAGAUCCUGCCCCGCACUUGCAAAGUCCACAUCCUCAACGACGAACAUAAGACAACAGCAGCUCGAGCGAAGGUGAUCAGUGACUGGUCAACGGGUGGUGGCGUGCUGUUGAUGGGCUAUGAGAUGUACCGGCUGCUCUCGCUCAAGAAGAGCUUUGUCACGGGGAGGAAGAAGAAACCCAAGAAGCCCACGGGUCCCGUCAUCAUUGACCUGGAUGAAGAGGACAGGCAGCAGGAACUGCUGAAAGGGAUGGAGAAGGCUCUGUCGAGGCCGGGCCCAGACGUGGUGAUCUGUGACGAGGGCCAUCGCAUUAAGAACUGCCACGCCAGCACCUCGCAGGCCCUGAAGAGCAUUUACACGCGGCGCAGGGUGGUGCUGACGGGCUACCCGCUGCAGAACAACCUCAUCGAGUACUGGUGCAUGGUGGACUUUGUGCGGCCCGACUUCCUGGGCACGAGGCAGGAGUUCAGCAACAUGUUCGAGAGGCCCAUCCUCAACGGGCAGUGUAUGGACAGCACGCCCCAGGACAGGAGGCUCAUGAGGUACCGCAGCCACGUGCUGCACAGCUUGCUGGAGGGGUUCGUGCAGAGACGGGGUCACGAUGUGCUGCAAAACCACCUCCCAUCCAAGGAGGAGCACGUGAUCAUGGUGCGUCUCUCCCCGAUCCAGAGGGCCCUCUACACCGAGUUUAUGGACCGCUUCCGAGAGGCGGGCAACAGCGGCUGGCUGGGGCUGAACCCCCUUAAAGCAUUCUGUGUCUGCUGCAAGAUCUGGAACCAUCCGGACAUUCUGUACGAAGUCCUGCAGAAGCAGAAUCUGGCCAGCGAGCAGGACCUUGACCUGGAUGAUAUCACCACGUCAAACAACCGCUGCCAGCCCCAAGGGAUAAAGCCCAAACUGGAGCCCAGCACUGCAGCCGGGACAGAUGCUUCCAACAGCAAGUACAACCUGGGCCUGAUCAGCCUGGGCACCAUGCAGGAGAAGGCUAACCAGGUCCUGACCUACGAAUGGGCGAAAGACAUCAUGACGGACUACCAGACGGGAUUGCUGGAGAACUCGGCCAAAAUGGUCCUGCUGUUUCACCUGAUAGAGGAGAGUAUCAGCCAGGGAGAUAAAGUCCUUGUCUUCAGCCAAAGUCUCUCUACAUUGUCUGUGAUUGAGGCGUUUCUGGCUAAGAGGCCCAUGCCAGAUUCACUGAGGACGGAAGGGCAGGGCUGCAACUGGGUGCGAAAUGUCAACUACUAUAGGUUGGAUGGCAGCACCUCGUCUUCAGAAAGGGAGCGGUUGAUAAACCUGUUCAAUGACACGCAGAAUGACAAAGCCUGGCUCUUCCUGCUGUCCACGCGGGCGGGGUGCCUUGGCGUGAACUUGGUGGGCGCUAAUCGGGUGGUGGUGUUCGACGCCUCCUGGAACCCGUGUCACGAUGCCCAGGCUGUGUGCCGGGUCUACCGGUACGGGCAGAAGAAGCCCUGCCACAUCUACCGCCUGGUGUCUGACUACACCCUGGAGAAGAAGAUCUACGACCGGCAGAUCUCCAAGCAGGGCAUGUCAGACAGAGUGGUGGAUGACCUGAACCCUGUGAUGAACUUCACCCGACGGGAGGUGGAGUCCCUGCUACACUUUGUGGAGGAGGAGCCAGCCCCAGCCAAGGUCCACCUGGAACCCAGCGAGCACCUGGAGAGGAUCCUGCAUGGAGCCUACACCCUGUACCCCCACUUAAUCACCAAGCAACCCUUCCAGCAUGAGUCUCUGCUGGUGGAUCGCAAGGAGCAGAAGCUCACCAAGGCAGAGAAGAAGGCAGCAAAGAAAAGCUACGAGGAUGAAAAGCGGGCGUGUGUGCCCUACACCCGCCCGUCCUACGCCCACUACUACCCUGCCAGUGACCAGAGUCUCACCAACAUCCCCGCUUUCAGCCAGAGAAACUGGCGGCCCCCUCCUCGGCUGGAUGAGAAGCCAGUAGCCAGUGUCCGGCCGGUCCAGUCCACUCCCAUUCCCAUGAUGCCUCGGCAGGUUCCCAUGGGGGAGAGCUCCUCUAUCGCCGGGACCAGCUCAGCGCUCAACUUCCCCGUCAACUUCCUGCAGCAAGCCGGUGUGCUUGUGCAGAAGAUCGUCACCACCACAGAUAUUGUUAUUCCAGGAACUAACAGCUCAACUGAUGUUCAAGCUCGGAUCAGUGCUGGAGAGAGUAUCCAUGUUAUCAGAGGAACAAAAGGGACCUACAUCCGCACGAGCGAUGGGAGGAUCUUUGCUGUUCGAGCGGCAAGAAAGUCCAGGCAGGGGCAGGAAAACAGCGACGCCUCUUUAGGUACUCAAAUUCCAGCUCUGGAAUCCACCAUCAAUGGGAGCAAUGGCUCAGCGUCUCCUGACUCAAAGAGGAAGCAUCUGACCCCAGACAGCCUGACCAGGCCUCUGUCUCCAGACAGCCCAGAGAUCAUCAGCGAGCUGCAACAGUAUGCAGCUCUGGCGGCCAUGCGAGAGACCGGAGACAAACCUGAGUCGACCACAGAGAUGCAGGGAAGCAGCAACGGCAGCAGCAGUGCACAAGGUCUCUCGGCAGAACAGCUGCUGGUGAUGCAUGGCUUGAAACCAGGGCCCAGCCUAAUCACCCCCGCUUCCAGCCAGCCAGCAGAAAGCAGCAGCAGCAGGAGGAAUAGCAGGGGCGAGGGAGGGGCAGCGGAAGCCCUGGACCUGCGGGGCAGCAAGCGCAAAUCGUCCACCCCUGCGUGCGACGAGCAGUCGGCACGCAAGCAGCAGCAGCCGAGCAAAAGGACUUCAGUGCCUCUGCAGGGCUACUCGCUCACUGGCGGUUACAACCUUCCACCCAUGGGCCUGAACCCUGCACUCACCAACCCCUUACUAGCCCAGAUGGGACACCCCAUGUUCAUGGGCCCGGGGUCCCCUUACUUCCAAGCCCACGGGCAGAUGGGGGACCCCCGGUUGAUGUUUGCGGACCCCUUCAGCCUCGGGGGAGCGAGCGCCCCCAGCUCAUCGUCCUCCUCCGCUGCUGUCUCGGCCUCCGUGUCCCCCUUUAUGCUCAGCCCCAGCCUGGGCGGGAUGCUCCCGGGCUUCCCGCUCCCCUAUGGCCAGUCCCUCAUGCCGGAGCCCAGGAUGUAUGCGCCUUACCCGUCUAGCCACCUGCUGCCAGGCGGCCUUCCAGCCACUCCGGGACCGGCCGGGUCAGGCUACCUGCCUGGCUUCCCUCCCCAGACGGAGCCUCGGAUUCUCUUGGAGAGUGACAGCUGUGGCUCGGACGACGAUGUGAUCGAGGUGACGGGACAGUGAGAUGAAGAGGAAGGGAGAGGAGAGCUUGUGUGUGUGGUUUUUUUUUUUUUUUUUUUUUUUUUUUUUUUUUUUUUUUUGUGUUUUUUUAACAGAACUAUGCCUUAUGGCUCCCCCCGGCCACACCACUCAUUACAAACCCCCUCUAACCUACACACAACGAAAAGGAUCAGGAUUAUCAAGCCAGUCCAAGCUGAUUUGUGGAGGAUCUGCUUUCUGUCGAACCCUGGCGAGAGCUAUCCACUGCGGGAUUGAUAGGGGAAGGCUGGAGGUGGGUGCAGAGACUCUAGCUGUCAGGCAACAUGGGAAGUUUGGCGAAUACAAAUCCUAAUGCUGUAUGUACACUAUGUAGGAGAAAAAUAAAGAGAGAACAGAUCUUUUAAACUGUGGAAAUGUAGAAUUUGAUGCUUCCGGACUGAGUCCUGUGCUAGGACUCCACAGACUGAACCUGUGGUUGGGGAUAGAGAACAUGCCCCCCUUCCCCAUCUGGCACUCCGUGAUCGGACAGGUUAAACACAUACCUGUGCUCGUCAUGUGCUUGAACUGUUUCCAUUCCUCCAGCAGGUGGCAGGCAAGAGCAUGGUUAAACUGCACCCUGUUUAUUAGAGCAGCCUACUGAAAUGGGGGGGCGGGGGGCACUGUAGCCUAAUUGUUGCAGUAUUAUUAUUAUUAUUAUUAUUAUUAUUAUUAUUAUUAUUAUUAUUAAUGGGGUCAUCAUGAAAUGUAAGGUGGAGAGAAGAUCAAAAUGAUGUGUUAGACGCAGUGAAAAUACAGGGCAGGGAGGGGAAAGGGUGUACCAGUAAGUGGGUUGGCAGGGGGGUUGGAUCAUCAUCUGUAAAUAAAUAGGUCUGGGGGGGGGUCUGAUUUCCAGGCCCUUGCCUGGAGGGAGUAUUUCUCUAAACUCAAGAAUGUAUUUCAUUUCAGCCUUUAUUUAUGAGCCUAGGACAGGGCAAUGUUCUGGGAAAAAUUGUUUGUUAGGAAGGAUUCGGGAAAUUAGCUGUUUGCUGCUGCAGCAUGUUGUACAGGAACAACAGCCCACUCUUUCUUUAUAAUGAAAGACAGAGACUGGAAAUCAAAUGCAUUGUUCCAUCUCACUGAAUGUAACCUGUAACGAGAGGCUAAAUUUCACAGCUUAUGCUGAAGCCCUGUAUUCCUCAUCAACUGUUCCCUGGUUUGAAGAAGUUUUUCCAGGCUACCAUGUAUUUGCAAUUUGGAAAAUUAGAAUUAACAAAAAAUUAAUUGCUAAACAUUUGGGUUUUAUGCAAAGUCUGUGAAUUGAUGACUUUUUUUUUUUUUUUUGCAAGUUUAUCACCGUCGAUAGCGUUGUUUCUUUGUGCACAAAACAAAGAGCCUGGAAUAUUUUCCUUGACCCACUCCCCCAAUUGGAAAGCUUUGCUAGAACAAUCCGAUCUUUCUGUUCCAGAGACUCCGGACCAGUUCCGGCUCAGUUGUUCUUCCAUGGAGUCAGCAUCGCCCUGUGGUGCAACAUGCUUGUGUGUUUCAGCGUGUUAAGAUUGCAUUAAAAGGUCACAUAUAUCCCAGGAUUACCCCAACAGGCUGGGAUCUGAAUGUCUCUUUCAAUGCAGCAAAUGAGAAGAAGCCUUUUUAUUAUUGUUUUGCAAGUGGAAAUUUCUAAAUUCGUGCCAGUAGCCCUGCCCAGAGAUUCACUUGAAAUGUACUUCCCAGUAAAUACUAAUUUUAACUCUCUGCAUAUGAAAUGGUGUACAUCUGCGCUUAGUCAAAAGGAUAAAGUUUGCUUUUUUUCUACAGGGGAUUUUUAUUUUUAAGUUGUGGUGUUAACGUAACAAAUGUCCACAUUAUUUACAUUUUUUUUCUUGGGUGCAGUAAUCGGUACUUGUGAGAUCAGUUUUUAGUAUAGAUUACAUUUUCAGACCAACAGCCAGUUUAGACUACGACAAGCAAGCAAUGGCCUCCCUUUUUAAAUAAAAACAUUUUUUUUUUAAAAAGGUGUCAACUUGUUUAAGUACACAACCUCAAGCCAACAGACGCCACUGUGUAGGAGCGAUUGUCACACAUAUUAGAGAUUUGAGCAGUUUAUACUGACAGCACUGAAGCCUUAUUACUGAACCCCUUUCUCAUCUGUAGGUCUGCCAGUCUGUAGAGCUACAAGCUGCUGUUUAAAUAGUACGCUGCAGCGUCUCUCUCAGGGUGCGGUAGUGCUGGGAAUGUGAAGGAUGUUAUCAACUUGAAGGGAAUUGGUCAGUGGCGUUAGUGACCUUAAAAUACAAUCAGAAAAUCAGAAUGCUAAAUUUAAAAUAUAAACUGCACGUGUAUGUACACAACAUGACUGAUGGUACAAUAGACAUCCUACCCCCCACCCUACCAGACCCAUUCAGUAUGCAAUUUGCCCAUUUUAAUAUGUUAUUGUAGGACAGUCUACAUUUAACAAUUAAUGAUAACUGGAGAAUUAUCUCUAGAUGUCACACGAAACAAACAAAUAGAAAUGCAUGCAUGCAACAAAACAAGCACACGGUUGAAUAAUUUCAAUUGAAUCAAAACUUCACACUGUUUUGAUGUAAAUCAUGGCAGAUUAGACUGAGACGAUAAUAAUGGCAUCACGUGUGUUCCCUUUAUUGCACGUCUCUGUUUUUUCACAUGUAAAAACUCAGUUGCUUGUAACCACAUCAAUGAGGAAUACUGGAGAGUAAAAGCUGCAGUUAUAAAAUCCUGACCUGAAUAUCAAGGGACAGUAUUGAAAACUUGUUUGAACUGUUUCAAAUUAUUUGUAAAGGGUUUAUAAGUUUAAUAUUUUUGUUGUUUUGCUUUUCUUGCUCAUCCUAAGGCUGUUGGCUGACCCCAUGAGGGCUACAUGUAUAUUUCACCAGGUCAUCUAUCAGAUUAUAAUAACUACUAAUAGAAGCCUUAGAUUAUCUUUAGCUAUGCAAGAGUUCUGUUCACUUAUUUUUCGGGGGGGAUGUAUGUAUCAUAGAAUUCAUCAGACUGAAAUAAAAUGUGAGAAUGGAUUCUGUGUUUGAUUGUUCGGUGUCUGUUUGCCAGUCGUGUAUAGCUUUGUGGAGGAAGACGUUACUCAUGCAGUUCUGGUUCGUAUUGAUGUGUAUUGCAGUGUGUUCUGUAUUGUAAAGGAACAUU